UGCUAAAGUCUCUCCGGUCUCUGGAGGGGUGGGCGGGCUACACAUGCUUAUUUUCCCAGACGCUUUCCAUCCGUGGCGCGUCUCCGACACUUGGGCUCCGGACACCGGUGGCUACUGACACACUCCCACACACACGCAGUCACGCAGCUUUGCAAAUGCACAACCCCGGGACUGGACUGGCCGGAGGAACACAACAUCUGACUGAAAGCGCUGAUGCGUGAAGGAUGUAGAGCCCGAGGUGGGGGCAGGAUGGAGUGCUCCUGGAAGACGGUGCUGCUGCUGGUGUGCGCGUCUCUCGGGGUCCAGUACACGGCUAUCCGGACCCUGAGGGACUCGAUGUCUGGACCCUGUCAGAGAGCCUACCGCUGCAGGAGCAGAUACCACAGAGACUCCAGAUGGGCUGCCUUGUGCGAUGACAGCUGGAUGCCCGUCGAGUUGCCUCAGAAGCAUAUACUGCUUUUUGCGACAACGCGCAGCGGCUCCUCGUUCACCGGACAGCUACUCAACCAGCAUCCCAGAAUCUUCUAUGUCUUUGAGCCCCUUUACCACGUCCAGCAGGCCUUCACCAACUCCAGCAGCAGGUUGCGUCGAACUUUAGACCGCCGGGCCUUGCUCGGAGCAUACAGAGACCUCCUCUUAAACCUGUACACCUGCGACCUUCACUUCAUGGAGAACUACAUCCGCCCUGAAGUCCAGGAUCACAUCACAAGCUCCUUUUUCCGACGGAGCUCAAGCCAUGCCCUCUGUUCUCCUCCAGUGUGUUUGGAAGGGGCGGUUGCUGCGAUGUCUGAUUCACCUGACGAAAUCUGGUGUCCUAAGAAGUGUGGGGCUCUGAACCUCACUCUAGCCGCCGUGUCAUGUAUGUCAAGAGGACAUGUAGCCAUAAAAACCGUGAGGAUUCCCGAGGUGGGAGACCUGCGGACCCUGACGGAAGAUCCACGUCUGGACCUGAAGAUCAUCCAUCUGGUGAGAGACCCCAGAGCCAUCCUCGCUUCCCGCAUCAUGGCGUUCUCUGAUCAGUUUCGCGCUUGGAAAAUAUGGAACGCCACCGGACGCCAGCCUCGAUACGUGGACCUCUCGCAGAUCACCAGCACCUGUGAGGACAUGGCUGCCUCUGCGGAAACGGGCCUGCAGAGGCCAGCGUGGCUGCGAGGACGAUACAUGCUGGUGCGGUACGAGGACUUGGCUCUUCACCCAAAUGCCGGGGCAACUGCAAUUUACAGGUUCGUGGGUCUGGAGAUGGAAGACAGGGUGAGGACGUGGAUAGUGAAAAACACCAACAGCAACGUGUCGGCUCCCUCUGAGUGGAAUUACAAAUACUCCACCACGAGAGACUCCAGAGCCACAGCGGAAAGCUGGAGGCUUCGUCUCAGCUUUGACAUUGUGAGAACUGUUCAGAAUCUUUGUCGUGACACGUUGACUCUUCUCGGAUACAAGCAGGUUCAUUCUGCUGCCGAACUCAGAAACUUGUCACAAAGUUUAGUGGAGCACAGAACGUUUCAGCCUGUCACAUGAUGAUGCAAGAAAUCUACUUAUUUAGAAAACAUCUCUAUGGUCUGUCAAGAUGCGGAUGAGAUGAAUGUAACUCAUUUGAACCCUGACUGAUGCCUGAAAUACUUUGCUAUAGUUGGUAAGUUUUGGUGAAAUAUGUCAAAAGUGCCAUUUUUUUUUUUUUUUUUUUUUACAUGAAGAAAACUUGGAAACAGAAUGAUGCACUAUUGGUGCUACUACUUCUGCUGUAUACCUAUAACACUUAGGCUUUGACCCAGGCGCUCAGUCAACGUUUUUUAAAAUAAUUAGCAACUCUCUACAUGCAUCCUCAUAGAAAACCCUAUGACAUUGUUUUUGCUUAGCCAAAGUUUUAAAAAAAUACAACCUUUGUGAAGUUAUGGAUUUGAGCCAAGCUCAUAGUUUUUGUUAAUUUAACAACCCAGAAGCUAGCCUGGCACUCAAGGUUGUGUGUUUUGAUCCAGAUUUAUUUUUAAAAACAAAUGUUUAAGCUACAUAAUUACUUUUGGAUAACUAUUGGAAAUGUGUUUUUCUUAAGCAAAUGUAUAGCUUAAGAAAGCAAUACUUUUGCUUUCUUAAGCUAUCUAUGUGCUAAAGGAGGGAUUUGAAGCAUCCAGCAGAAUGUCCUCUUGGGACAAAAUAUCUACCCCUGUCAAGAAACAUUAUCCUAUCCUGUUCUUAACAUCAUUAGUAAGUGAGUUAAUAUUGAUGGUACAAAAAUUUAUUUUGUGCAUUCACAUUGCAUCAGUUGUAAUGUGGUUAUUGAAUUAUGACUCGUAGCAGAAUCUGGCAUGACUGAGACCAGAGAUAGGGAUAAAUAAUCCAGAUCAGGACAGUAAAAAAUACUGGGACCAGCUCAUUAUGAAGACAUCAGAUCUUUAGGAACAUCAUGUGAAAGAGUAAUGUCAACAACAAAGCAAAAUCAGGAGUAAAACGUAUUAUUUUAUGUGAGACAUUUUUCCAGGAUGGAAAUAGGUCUAGAUCACAAACAACAAGAGCAGUGGGAUGCAGCAUCAGUGCAAUUUUGUAUUUGCAUAAAAGUUCAGGGAUGCAAUGUUUCUUAUUUUCGAACCCAAGCUUUUAGAUAUUCUAAAAUGUCGACGCUGAUCUGAUCGGUAUUUCAUUAGUCCAACUAGUUUUCUGUCAAGGUGGCUCAUUGUUUGCUCACCAUUAUGUUGGGACUCCACCUGUCCUGCAAACCAACUUAAAGGAACAUGGAAUUAAUAUCAAUGGUUUUCUGUAAUGUCAGAGGCUAAUUAUUCAAAAACGUACACUGCAAACCUUUUGAACAUUUUAGACAAAGGAGAUAUGUUCUAAAAACCCAAGUGGUCUGUGACAUUUCCUUUGGAAACCUUUGCAGACAUUUUACAGCCAGCUCCCAAUUUAAACGUCUAGUUGAACAGGAGAAGCAAAUGUUCAGAUGCAAAUCCUCCAGAGCAAAAGGUUAUGAAGGCUGGUGAAUGUAGCUCCUUCCUUCGCUUUUCUGUAAAACUGUAUGUUCCUUUCAUUCAAUAUUUUAGAUGCUUUCAGAUAACUGCAGUAUCAUUUUCAGCAGAACAAGGAGUGUCAUCUCCCUUUGCAGUGUGUUGAAAAUAAAACAGCAAUUUCCACACCAUAUUUUCUGCAUUAUGUCUCGCCUCCUGUGAGCUGAAGUCAGUUGCUCUCCCUCAUCCCUUCACCUUCACUUCCAGCUAUAUGAAAUGCCUCUGCAGCACAUAAAAAUCCCCCGUCGUGAGGUAUGUGUAAACACCAUCUGCAAAAGAAAGAAACUAUCCACACAUUUUUUCAACCAUCUCCAGUGUUUUUUUUUUUUUUUUUGUAACAACAGGCUUUGUCUGACGAUUUAAAAUAAACAUAGAGAAAUGGCGAAAGGGUCAGAAAAUUUUUGUUUUGCAAGAUGGAAACGUUCUCUUCCUGAGAAGCGGGGGGGGGGUGUACGAUCGCAGAAGUGAGCUUGCCAGAUUUAAAGCAUCGUCAUGAACACUUAACCAUUGAAUAGAUGAUGAAAACUCUGCUUUCUGUGAAAACUGAAUGGUGAGAAAAUAUGAACAAAAACAUCUAUUGUUUUUGAGUUUUUUUGAGGUUGUUCAAACGGAAUUACAAAUAAUUAAAAAGCCCAACUUUAGGUUUCUAUUGAGAGCAUGUGAAUAAAUCUGUUUUGUCUUCACCGUCAAUAAUAAUCUCAACUUUCUUUAGGGCUGUAAGAGUGCCAAAGUUAUGUGCUGGACAUGGGUACACAUUGUAUCCUAGUAUUUAUUUGGGAGUUUUGAUUAAAUAACUACAAAUUAUUCCUGAGUGAAUGAGUGCAGUCCUCUGUCAUUAUGUCUGGUUUAUAUGUGUUCUGGCCUUAUUUCGCCUGAAGUCUCUUCUAACUAAUGUUUCACUCACAAAAGCACA